AAAGCGCGCGAAAUCAGCUAAAAACAGCUCACCUAUCAUGUGGUGGUAGAUUUUUUCCUCAGUUCGGUAGUUUUCGCCAGAUUUGGCGUAAGAUAUUUAUAUAUAUUUUUUCUAAAAUCCUUGAAAGUGCUUUCGUCCAGCUGAUAUGGGUGAAGACGGCCCCUCGGAUGACUACGAUCCAAAUGGAGAUCCCAAGGACGAUCCCCGGGAAAGAAGGCGAAUCCGUCACGAAUAUCGUGAACUGAUCGCCGAGACUCAAAGUAAGCACAGUGCCGUCCUCCUGUUUUUAUGCGCAUAACUUUACACGUGUCAACGAAAACUGGGAUAUUAUAGACUGUUUUCCUUUUUUGCAAAGAAUGAUUUGGGACGAUCGUCAACAUGCACGAAUCGUCUGAACGUUUUCUUAAACAUCCCCCAAGAACGACUAGCAUCAAAUUUCUCCCAACCGUAUCACCCCUGAAUCAAACAUUAAGGAAAUGAGAAUACAGGAAAAGAUCACGGCUGAAAGAAGCUUUUGAUUGUCAGAUGAUGAUACCAUAGGAAAUGUUUAGAUAAUAGUAAGGAGAAUAUGCAUGUUUAUGUUAGGAUGUUAAGGGUUGAGUUUAUUUUGAAUGAGGCCUUUUACCUUCUUUAAUCAACAGAAAAUAGACAUAAUUUUAUCAAACCAGAAUCAACUGGCUUACAUGAAGCACUUGAUAAAGCUGAAGGGUUAUUUAAGAACGGUAAGAUCUUUUUAAUAUGUUAGACAAACCUUUGUGGGAUUUUAUGUCAGGAUAUAGUGGGGGGGUUAGUUCAGGGAGAAUGUGAGUAGGGGUGAGGCAGAGUUACCUUCUCUCUGCUUCCAGGCACAUCUCCUAUAAUAUGGCUUAGCAUGAAACAAAACUGGGCAAAGUGAAAAAAGAUCCUGUAAAUAUCAACAAGAGGCUUUAUCUAUGGCUGUUACAAAGUGAAAGUGAUAGAUAAGUAUUUCAAUAAGGAACUGAGAUCUGGAAACUUGGGUGAUAAUAUGUGAAAAGAAAAUUUAGCUUUUAUCAAUUAAAUCAGAAAUAGCAGAGCAAUACAACUAAUUUUUCAUUUUUUGCAUCAUCCCAUUUUGGAACACAGAGCAGGAAAUGAAUAUGUCUCCUUUGUUGAUCUGGGUCUCCUCUAAGUGAGCUUUUAUUCUAAAAGAAUUUGGUCUUCAAAUGAUUAUUAAUCAGUUGUUGGGAAUUUUCCUCAGCCACCCAUACCAGAGAGGCUGUUCUGGACGCACAUUUUCUAGUCCUAGCAUCAAACCUUGGAAGUCAACAGGCUCAGCAGCUGCAAACACACUUGGUAACAUUUGAUGCAGAUGUUUUUGUUGAGAAAUUGGUAAGUUAUAAAUAAAUCAAAGUUCAUUUCCACAUUGGGUUGGAAGAAUCAUUGUUGUUCAUGUCUUUUAUGUAACUUUUUCCCAUUUGAAAAUAAACAUCCCCUCUUUAAAAUAUAUUAAAGUUCACAUGGUAACCAGGUGGACAAUCAGACUUGGGUUUGAUGUUACUCUGGUUUACAGAUUUAAUGAAUGUAACCAAAGAAGUUCAUAGACCCAACAUUUCGACAAUAUAAAUUCAGCUUUAUCAGAGCACACAUGCCUAAUGAACCAUAAAAUUGGGUGGGACAAGUCUAAGAAUUCUCACCACUAAUCGGCAUUACCACCAGUGCCUUUGUUUGGAAGCUUGGCAUAUUAACUCCACCCACGCUCCUUUAGAUCGUGAUGAUGGUGGCUUACUUCCUGAUGCCUAUUUACACCUCGUUAGAAAAAAAGGCAGCCAAUUAGUGAUCAUAUAAAAGGACCUCUUGUUGCAGUGUUUAGAUCACCCCUGAUGAAGGCACUAGACAGGAGCGUUGAAACAUUGGGUCUAUGAAUUAUAACUUCUUCAGUUACAUUCAUUAAAUCUGUAAAUCAGAGUAGCAUCAAACCAUGUCUGAUGCCCUUUGUUGAAUGUUGUUAGUAAUACACUGGGAAAUAAUCAAACUCUGUGUUUGACUUUGUCUUGUUCAUCUUCACACCCAAAUCCUCCUUAGUUCCAUUCUAACUUACUGCUGCAGCCACGGCUAGGAAAUAAUUAUCUUAAAUUUGCCUGAAAAUGUUAUUUGAUUGCUGUUUUAGAAUUAUUUUCUUGAUCUUUUCUUUUUAACCUAGAAAGUUGUUAAUCACUUUCAAAACAUCCAUACAUUGUACCGCUGUCAGUAACUUUUUUAGGGGAUUUGUCAGUCAAUGCAUUGGUGUUAUGUUGGUUCAAAGGUUGUUAUUUUGUCAGGCAGUGGGUAAUGGUUGCUUUCAGACAGUUAUGCUCUAUUCUUAUCAGCCUGUAAACUUGAAAGAGAUCUCAUUUUCUUAUUUCUCAUGGUUUUCUAUGUCAACUCUCAGUCCUCAAUUCCUUGUUUUCAUAGAACCUUUACAGCGACUAGUCCAUCCUCUGCCAUGAAAUAAAAAAUUUUAAAAAAAAAGCCAAAAAGUUAUAAAUUUUAUCCUUUUUAUCAGAUAACUUUUAUGGGAGGGAGAAGUGUUUCCGAUAUGACUGGAGGAGAUAAUGAGGAUGAAGAGAUGGCUGGUGGGAGGCACCAACCCCCACCUCACCUUGACUGGAAGAAACUUGGUAGAAAAGCCAGUGUAGCAUUUAGGAGAACUCCAAAUGUUGACUUUAUGUAUGUUCAGCCUUGCAAUGAUACCAUUUGAUUCUGAAUUAUUCUGACUUCUCUUUCAGUUGAGAUAGGUAUACACUGUUAUAAAUUCAAGAGACUGACUCAGUGUUUGAUCUCAUUUUCAAACACUUAAUUAAAUGAAUUAAAAAUGUAGCACACAUAGGAUUACUUUAAGAGAGUUUCAGAGAAAUAAUGUGACUCAAGACUGAAUUCAGUUUUUUUUGUGUGUCUUCCUAGUAUGUAACAAUCUAGGUGUUUUGAUAACAGCAAGAGAGAAAUUUAUUUCCAGUGGGUUUUUAACUCAAAGGUUGCUUGGCAAUGGAGAUAAUUUUGAAAUCAGUUUUCAUGCAAUCCUAUCAAGAUUCUAUGGUUAUGUCAAAGAUGCAUUCACAACUUUCUUGUGCAUAUUGAUGUAAUGGUGGUCUUCGAUAAUCAUGUUUCAUUUCAGGUUUGGUCCAUUAUCCAUGGAACCUCCUGUAAAAGUGCGGAGAGAUAGAAAUGCUGUGAAAAAAACUGAAAAACCUGAUGCUAAUCAGUUAGUCAAACCAAAACAGGUAAAACUAUUUUUUAGAAAACUUUUCAGUUUUAUUGAUGUAUUUGUUUUACUUAAAGUUACACACAGUUGAAAAUGAUGACUCUGCUUGCUUCCUUCUGUACCUAGCUAAGUUGUGUUGUCAUUAUUAUCUUAUUAUUGUUUAAAAAUGUAUCUGAACUUUGUGUCAUGUCAUGUCACAGGUAUGACAUGAGCAACUUGUGCAGACAGUAAAGAGUCAGCAAACAAGUUUUCUAAAUUGUGAAAUGAGAGUAUAUAAUAAACAUUUUAAGAAAAUAAACAAGAUGAUUUGAAUGGUAGUGUAAUACUUUUUUGCCUACAUUCUUGCAUUUAAUUUUACUGUUCAAAUUUCAGGAAUGAAAAGUAAUAAUUCUACAGGAGUACAAAAUUUUGAUUUUUAACAGUUUAGACUUAAAUGAUCUCAUUUUGCUUUUUCUAUCAGUUGGAGAAGGUAGAAACCAAAGAGGAAGCAACAACUAAAGAAGUGGACAGACUACAUAGCAUCCUUUAUGAUAACACAGGUAUAUAAUUAUAUAAAAAUUAUGUCUAGCCUUUCUGCAAUUAUCCUCUUUUGCUGUUAAACAGUUUCUUUAGUAAUAAUUUAGAGAACUUGGAGUAAUUUGAAGAAUCCACUCUUAAGCUGAUAAUUUUUUUUAUUUUCAUUACCUGUAUGCCACAAACAAAAGUCCAAAUUUUUGUCUCUCUUUAUCAUCUACAAUGAACCUGCAUUUACCAGCUGCUGGCAAAAGAGAGCACUUGCAUGAGUUGCUUAACCCUUUAACUCCCAGAUCAAAUUUGUAAUUCUCCUUACUGUCAACCAUACAAUUUUUGUUAUGUAGUUCAGAGAAUUUAGUAUUGGUCAACCAUGGUUGAUAUUGUAUUGAUAUUGUAAGGAGAAAUUCUGUGUUGGUCACCCAUGGGAGUUAAAGGAUUAAGAGCAAAUUAUCAAACUCAUUCAACCACCCUUCUUUAUUGUGGAAGAGUUGUGAUAUUUUUAAGUUAAAAAAAGAAUAUUUUCACUUGAAAAUGGAACUCAAACCUUUUAUUAAGCUUUCUGCUUGAAAAAGAUUCCUCACAAGUGUUUGAUUUUGUUGUGAGUGCACUUUCUAUUGGUUAAUAGUUGUAAUAAUACAUGCAAGGUGUUGGUAGAACACAGGAAAAGUUUUUGUGGACAAACUUUUCAAAUGUUCUCCCAACAUCCCUAAAGGGUUUUUACCUUAGCCUGGUAAAUGGAUAGAAAGUGCAGUUGAUUACUUAUAUAUAUUAAAAUUCAAUUUUCAAGGGGUUUACCAGUACAAUAAAUGAUGGGUUUUGACCAAACAGGGAGCUUGUAUAGUAUCUAUUUUUAAAUGGGAAAAUAUAAGACCUGGCUUGUAUCAGUAUAAUAUUCAUAAUAAUAUUCAGUCUUCUUAAUACUAGUUUCCUUGUUAUUUCAUUACUAACCAGUUGCUUAAUUUCUUGUUUCAUAGUUUCUGAGGAAGGCGAAGAGUGUGAAUUAACUCCAGUGUCUCUGUUCAACUUUAUCAUCAACCCUAAUUCAUUCGGGCAAACAAUUGAGAAUCUUUUCCACUUGUCUUUUCUAGUUAGGGUAAGUUGUACUUUGAAUAUAAAUGUUAUUAGCAAUGACUCUUACCUAGUGACUGCCAACAGAUCUUUUUAGCAGUAAUAAUUAGAUAGUUGAAUAUGAAUACUAAUUGGCUGAGAGCUUAAAAAGCAUAGUACUCCAAAGUGAGUGCAGAUGAGCAAUGGCUUAGUCUACAGAUAAUUUUCUUGAGCAUGAAUAGAUCUGUAACUGUUUCAUGAUCCUUGCUAAUCACGUCUUGUAUCUCACAUACUUGAUUUCAAGUCUAUUUUCAUGCCUCUAGGAUGGUCGAGCAGACAUAAGUCUUGACGAUCAUGGACUACCAGUUGUAUGUAAGUGUUCAUGUAAAUGUUUUUAUAAAAUAUUUCAGAUAGUAUGUGCACCCCUAUGGGUUGGGUCUGCUAACAAGGUUGUGACAUCUUGCUUUCUGGGUUGCCAGAACAAAAGGAACUGAGGACUUUUUCCACAUUUACACAACCUCAUCUAAUCACUGGGGGGUUGUUGCAACAUGGUAGUCAUAUUUAAUUACACUGUAAUCUGGUAGAAAUGGUUUUGUUUUCUUUGUUUGUUUUAUUUUAUUUAUAUUUUCUCAUUGAAUUGGUAGCAUACUCAGAAAUGCCUGGUGAAGAUGAACAGAUGGGAAAGCAGCAAGUUGUUGUUCAUCUCACUUUGAAAGAGUAUAAGGUGAAUCAAAUAAAAACAUUGGCAUGCUAUGCAUGCAAAAGUUAUUAUUUUGGAUGGGACAUUAAGUCACAUAACUGAUGUUUACCUUUUUGUAAAAGAAAAAGAUUCCAUUUUCUUUCAAAAGAUUCCAGAGAAAGUAUCACUCAGUGGUGAGCAAAAAAAAACCUUCCAAUAUAUCUGAAAUAAAAUCAGGCACUUGAAUUACAUGGUCUAUUACCACUAGUGUCUGAAUAAUUGUUAGCAAACUGAAACUGCAUUGGUGCCAUGCUUUCCUGUAGUCAUGAAUCAAUAUCAGGGUUUUUAACUUGUAACAUUACUCUGUUAUAUGAUUUGUUCUGUAGGAAAUUAUUAAAACAUUCAACAUCACACAGCCAAUGAUUCCACCACGCCCAAGGAUGGACCUGGCCAAUGAGGCUGGUCCCAGUAAUAAUGGAAAUGAGAGUGAUGAUGAAGGAGAAGAGGAAUACAGUUAGCUUUUUAAAGUGACUAGUGAAUGACAAAGUGGACCAAGGUUCACCUCCAAAAAAGGAGAGUUAUCUGCAAUUACUGAUUAAUACUGAACAUGAAGACAACAUUCUGUUUGUGUUCACAGAUGUUAACCCCAGAUAUCUAGAAUCGUCCCUAAACAAGAGUAAAAUAUUCUGAUGCUCCUUUUCCAUUCCGUGACCUGUUGAACUUUUUUACAUGAGGAGCUGCAGAACCUAUCAAUUUGUCAAUUUAAAGAGGAUUCAGUCUGUAUCCUGUCAUAAAGAACUUUGGGCGUACUAGUUUUUCAGUCUCCCUGUUUGUUGAAUAGUUAACAGUGAUUAUUGUUUAAGAAGCAAUCUACAAUUACAUUGUACAUACAUAGGAACAUUAUUUUAGACCAAAGUAUACAGAUCUCUCUUUUUUUUAAUUUGAUAAUAAUGCAUGAAAGUAACAUAAUGUUCUUUUUCUUAAAAGGAUAGAACACUGAAAUCAUUGUUUUCUAGUGCUUUCAAGAAAUCAUUAUUUAUGAAAGGUAAAGACAAGAGGAACACAGUUUGUUGAAAAUGAUCUAGAUGGACACAAACCAUGGCACAUAGCUUUUUUCUCAACCUAUCACUCCCAAGAUCUAAAUUUCAACUCUCCACACUGUUUGCUAUAAUCUUAUCUCAGCCUUAAGAAGUUUUUGUGAGAUCAAACUAUAUCUCCUAGUUGAAAUUUUUCUUCCCCCUCACUAGCUUCCUGUUCUUAAAGUAUGUUGAUAUUGUUAAGGAAAAUUACUUGUUAUUUGUGGAAGGUUAACUAAGUGCCACAAAAGCGAAUAGGGUUGUGGACCUAAGCAGAACUAUGUCUCAUCAAUAUCACAAAAAAAACAUUAGACUAAGAGAAGUUAUGAACUCAUAGUGAAAUGCAUCUUAAAAUUUCAAGCUUAUAACAAGUACCUAAGUAGCUUUAAAAAAUUUUUAAAAAUUAGUAUUUGAACUGAAUCUCGAAGUUACUCUCUUCAAACAUGAAGGGGUGAAAAAUGGAGACAUUUGCAAGUACACUUGUGAUGCUUGUAUUUUGUUCAGAAGUUAGAGUACUUUAUAGGAGAAUACAAUUUGGAGAUUCUUGGUAAU